AUGCUGAAAGAAAUCAGCUCCCUUAUUUUGAAGCAUACGGUGAUAUCACGAAGACAUUUGACUCCGGAGCUAGCGUUAAGGCUGAUAACUCCUGACUGCCCGUUAUGGAGAGCCGGAGAAGAUGAGGUGCCUUUCAAGGAUCCCUUCUGGGCCUUCUAUUGGCCUGGGGGACAGGCUACUGCGAGGUAUAUCCUGGAUAAUGAAAACAUCGUAAAUAAUCGUCAAGUCUUAGAUAUCGGUUGCGGUUGUGGAGCUGGUUCUAUUGCCGCUGCCAAAAAGAACGCUCAACGCGUGGUGGCAAAUGAUAUUGAUACUUAUGCUAUAAAUGCCACGCAAAUAAAUGCCGAACUUAACAAUACCACUGUGGAAAUAAGUGCAGAAAACAUGAUUGGUGAUGAUUGUCAAAGCUUCGAAACAAUAUUAAUUGGUGAUAUGUUCUACGAUGAAGAGUUCGCGAACCGUUUGUUUGAAUGGCUGCAUACACUACGUCGAAAUGGAAAAACUGUACUGAUAGGCGACCCUGGCAGGCACGGGCUGACUGAGAAGCGUCGAAGCCACAUGACACUUCUAGCAAAAUACAAACUGCCAGAGGAAACUGCCGUACAGAACAAUGGCUUCACACACACCACUGUUUGGCAAUUAAAGUAG